ACAGAGGGCGUUUGGUUUAUGCACCUUCCCUACAAGUAAAUGUAGCAACACCAGUUUCUCAGACCCAGCAGCAGAGGACAUUGUGUGAAACCCGAUUUCAUUUGCUGAUCAAAGCAACAGUGAAACUAUGUGGCCAAAUCAAGGGGGCUAUCCCCAGGCACCAUAUCCUGACCCUGCAGGUCAAUACCCAGCUCCAAUGAAUCCAUCCAUGAUGCCAUAUGCACCUCCAGGAGGGAUGCCCUGUGGACCUCAUGGGGCCAAUGCCUAUCCUGGUGGAUAUCCAGUGGUCCCUCCUGGAGGUGUUCAGCUAGAUCCUCACCCAUACUGUCCCAACAGAGAUGAAGUGAUGAUGGGUGAGCACAAAGCUCAUAAGCCUGGACACCACGGGCAUGGGCACCACGGACAUGGGAUCCAUGGACAUGGGAACCACGGGCAUGGGAACCACGGACAUGGGAACCACGGACAUGGGAAUCACGGACAUGGGAACCACGGGUAUGGGAACCACCACCACUAACGUAACAAGUCUUCCAGCAGAAGCGGUGAUUCAGACUGAGGCCCCCAGCUCACCAUCCAGCAUGCUCCUUUCGUAAACUGCAACUAUUAAGGCAUACAAUUGCGUUUAGCACUUUUAGCUGCAGAUUUACAUUAUUCUAAAGAUUAAUGGUGAAAGUGAAAAGCCUGUGUUUCUUUUUGGUUUGUUAAAAGUUCAUUUCUCUUUAUGUUUAUCAUAAAUGAGACAUUCUUUAUGAACCCAUUUAUUCUCCAAUUGUCAAACUUGGUGAUCACUACUGUUUAUGGCUCCAAAAAAGUUCUGCUCUGAUCUGAAACUUAAAUGCAAAUACUCUAAAAUGUACUUACAAAAUUAGAUGUUCUGUUUCUCUGCUCAAUAAAUGAAUCCAAAUCAAAUUAA